AUGCCAAUUGCACUGCCAAACUUGUCCACCGUCCUCGACGAGGCGGUCAAGCACUUCACGGCCUCGCAUCCCAAGAGCAAGACCAUCAACGAUGAGUCCUUGGCUUCAUUGCCUGGAGGCACAACUCGCAAUGUGAUCCACAUGAGACCGUUUCCCGUCGUCCAGGCCCGCGGCGACGGCUCAUAUCUCACUGACGUCGACGGGCACAAGUAUCUCGACCUAUGCGCCGAGUACAGCGCCUGCAUGUUCGGCCACUCUCAUCCGACCAUCAAGAAAGCCAUCCACGACGCCGUCGACACGGGCUUCGCCCUAGGAGCCGUCAACCAGUACGAAGGCCGACUCGCCCGACUCUUCUGCGAACGGUUCAAGACAAUGGAUAAAGUGCGGUUCUCCAACUCAGGCACCGAGACGAAUAUGACGGCCCUCGCGCUCGUCAAGGCGUACACUGGACGAAGCAAGAUCAUCGUCUUUGAGUAUGUUCCCUACCCCACAAUCCACUCAACGCCCCCUUCUUGUGCCCCUGCCUGCCUCCUCUCGCAUCUCCCCUGGGGCGGCUACCACGGCGGCCUCGCGGCAUUCUCCAGCCAAAGCUCGAUGAACAUGAAAUCCAACGGACAAAAGACCAUGAAUGCGCCGCACGACUGGAUCGUCGUGCCCUACAACGACAUCCCGGCCCUGGAAGCCGCCGUGGCACAGCACUCCCCAGACCUAGCCUGCAUCUUCCUCGAACUCAUGCAAGGCUCCUCGGGCUGCACGCCGGCCAACCCCGACUUCGUCAAGGCCUGCCGCUCCCUUGCGACCACCGCCGGCGCAGUCCUGUUCUUCGACGAAGUCAUGACCAGCCGCAUGUCCAUCCACGGCUACCAGCACCUCCUGGCCGUCUAUCCCGACAUGACCAGUCUGGGCAAGUACUUCGCCGGAGGCGGGCAGAACUUCGGUGCCUUCGGCGGCAAAGCCGACAUCAUGAAUAUGCUGGAACCGGGCUAUAACAGUCCCCGCGGCGGUUGCGGCGGCGGCGUGUACCACAGCGGCACGUUCAACAACAACGUCACGACCAUGGCGACCGCGACGGCCGUGCUCGAGCAGCUCUGGACGACGGAAGACGAGGCGACUGACUUAUUUGACAAGGGUGUCUGGCUGCGUGACGAGUUAAACAAGCUCGCCGCCCGGCACAGGGCUCGAAUGUACGUCACGGGCACGGGGAGUUUGAUGGCCGUCCAUUUCACCACUGCUACCAGUGGUCCUAAGGACAAGGACAAGGACGAGGACGAGAACAAAGACGGGCAUAAAUAUGGCAAUACUAGUAAGCAAGGACAUUCAGCGGAAGAUGAGGUUUUGAAAGAGUUGUUCUUUUUCGACAUGCUCCGCAAGGGGUUCUUCCUGGCCAGACGGCUCAUGAUCAGUCUCAUGACCAUCACGUCGAGGGAGGAAUUGCAGACAUUUGUGGAUGCCGUGGACGAGUUCUUGAACGAGCGAGCGGUGUUUGUCGGCGUGGAUUCUGAAUAG